CACAUCGAUCGACCAGCGCUAGAAUAGUCGGCUGCUGGUUAAUUAGUAGAUAGUUGUAGUAGGCGAAGGGAUGGACGCGAUCAGCAGCCUGAUGCUGCAGGAGGGGUGGAGGAAGGGGCCAUGGACGGCGCUGGAGGACAGGCUGCUCACCGAGUACGUGCAGCAGCACGGCGAGGGCAGCUGGAACUCUGUCGCCAAGCUCACAGGGCUGCGGCGGAGCGGGAAGAGCUGCCGACUGCGGUGGGUGAACUACCUCCGGCCGGACUUGAAGCGGGGCAAGAUCACCCCAGACGAGGAGACCGUAAUCCUCCAGCUCCACGCCAUGCUCGGCAACAGGUGGUCAGCGAUCGCGCGGUGCCUGCCGGGGCGGACGGACAACGAGAUCAAGAACUACUGGCGGACGCACUUCAAGAAGGCCCGGCCGUCGCGCCGCGCCCGGGCGCAGCUGCUCCACCAGUACCAGCUCCAGCAGCAGGAGCAGCGCCGCCAGUACCUCCAGAGCCUGCACCUCCUGCAGCAACAGCAGCAGCUGCAGCUGCUCCAGCAGCAGAGCCAGCAGCUGAUGGUGAGCCAGCAGCAGAGCCCGCCGGAGCCCGACCACCAGGCCGUGAUGGCGAUGAUGAACAACGACGGCCUGCAGGACUGCAGCCCGGCGUCGACGACCGAACACUGCACGCUCCCGGACGACGACGACGCGCUGCUGUGGGACAGCCUGUGGAGGCUGGUCGACGGGGACGGCUGCGGCGAGGGCUCCAGCGGCGGCGAGUACUAGACGGCGUGUAUGCCAGUGUAAAGGGGAGGGAGGAGGAGGUAUAUACUGAAGGUUUCAGGCUUUCAGUUGCAGCCACUGCAAGGAUAUUGCUAGCGGUAGUUGUAGUAGAGCCAUGCUAAUUUCCAAUGCGAAUAGUUUGAUCAUGCUUCAUGUAUUUAUUUUACCCAUGAGCCGUGAGAAAGUGGCAAUGUAUGAAGCAAGCCUCUGUUUUAUCUAGUCCCGUUACAAGGAUGUAAUUUUGGUUCCCAAAUCAUGUUUACUAAGGAUUUUACCUGCAUGAGCUU